AUGGUGACACAAAUACCCGGUGCCAUGUCCUACAACUGCCAUGACUGUGAGAAAACUUUUAAGAGAAGAUCAAGUUUCACCCAGCACCAGCUAAUCCACACAGAUGAGAGACCCUUCAGGUGUCAGGAGUGCGGGAAGGGUUUUACUCACAACUUCUAUUUAACCCGGCACCAGCGAAUGCACAGAGGGGAGAGACCCUUCAGGUGCCUGGAGUGUGGGAAGAGUUACUUCCGUAAAUACCGACUAAACCGGCACCAGCAAAUCCACACGGGUGAACGUCCCUACNNNUGUCCUGACUGCGGGAAGAGCUUUGUCUGGAACUACUUGCUUAUCAGCCAUCAACGCAUCCACACGGGAGAGAAACCCUACACAUGUCCCCAGUGCCAGAAGAGCUUCAGUUGCAGCUCCAACUUGCGGCAACAUCAGCAGCUCCACACGGGUGACCGACCCUACACAUGUCUAGAGUGUGGGAAGUGCUUUGCUGUCAAGUCCUCAUUAAAUAAACACCACCAGACCCACACAGGGGAGAGACCCUAUAUGUGUUUGGAGUGUGGGAAGAGCUUCCGUAGCAGCAGUGCCUGGAUGUGUCACCAACAUGUCCACACUGGGGAAAAACCCUACGUGUGUCCCAAAUGCAGGAAGAAGUUUACAAGCAGUUCCAGCCUCAACCGUCACCUCCGGGUCCACACGGGUGAACAUCCCUAUGCAUGUCCUGACUGUGGGAAGAGCUUUGUCUUGAACACUUGGCUCAUCAAGCAUCAACGCAUCCACACAGGAGAGAGACCCUACACGUGUCCCCAGUGCCAGAAGAGCUUCUGUGACCAUUCCAGCUUGUGGAAACAUCAACGGGUCCAUACGGAUGAAUGACCCUUCAGCUGCUCCCAGUGUGAGAAGGGGUUUUACCAGAGAUGGGAUCUCAUCUGUCAUGGCCAGAGCCACCUAAGAGAUCACCAAGAAUGA